CACUGUGUAUCCCAAAACUCGAGUCCCGUGCGGAACUCCAGAUAUCUCUGUGACGGAUUGUGAAGCUCUUAACUGCUGCUAUAACGAAGGCAUGUGCUACUUUGGGAAGAUGGUGACUGUCCAAUGCACCAAGGAUGGUCAGUUCAUUGUGGUCGUGUCCAGACAUGCCACUUUACCCAACAUCGACCUUGAAACCAUCUCAAUGUUGGGAGAAGGUCCUGGCUGCACCAGUACGGACUCAAAUUCUGCCUUUGCCAUCUACCAGUUUCCCGUGACCACUUGUGGCACUAUUGUGGCUGAGGAGCCUGGUCAGAUAAUCUAUGAGAAUAGGAUGACCUCAUCAUAUGAAGUGGCAAUGGGACCUAUGGGUGCCAUAACCAGGGACAGUAGCUAUGAUUUACUCUUCCAGUGUCGAUACACUACUACGUCAAUCGAGACUACUUCCUCUAUUGUAACUACGAUUGUGGAAGUUCUACAAUUAGAGCUGCCUCCUAUAUCAGUGUCUGCUAUGGGUCCCAUCAACGUGCAUCUGAGGUUGGGUAAAGCUAAAUGCAUCGUGAAGGGUUGUAAUGAAGAGGACGUGGCCUACAACUCGUACUAUAUGGAGUCGGACUAUCCUGUGACCAGAAUCUUGAGGGAUCCUGUGUAUGUGGAGGUUCAUCUCAUGGAUAGGACUGACCCCAACAUUGUCCUUAACCUUGGGCGCUGUUGGACCACCACUAAUCCAAAUCCUCACAGCAUGCCUCAGUGGGACCUUAUCAUCGAUGGGUGUCCUAACAGGGACGAUCGCUACAGGUCUACUCUGAUUCCAGUUGGUUCGCACUCUGGCGUGGACUUCCCAAACCAUUACAGGCGUUUUGUUUUCCAAAUGUUUACCUUUGUGGACCCCAACUCACUAGAGCCACAAAAGGAACAGGUGUACAUUCACUGCAGUACAUCGAUCUGCAACGCUGCAUCUGGCUUCCCCUGUGAGCCACAUUGCUUCAAUCGAAAAAGGAGAAACGUGAACAAUGAGGGCGAGAAGUUGACACAAUCAAGGAUUGUGGUCUCCGCUGGACCUGUGCAGGUGGUCGGCCCUAAAGAGUAAACAGCUCGUUUCAUUCGGAUAACAUUGGUAGCAAGUUACCUGACUUGAAAUAUAUCUUGCAAUGAGUGAAAUGGAUUCCGCAAAUGCUUGUAAGCAAACAAUAUUAAAAAGUGCUUUUAUGUGCUAUGAAUUUA